AUGGAGAAGAAAGACUCAGUAGAAGAAAAGGGAAAAGAAGAGGAGGAAGAAGAAGAAGAACAGGUGGUUAAUCCAUGGGAAGUGUCGGCGAAGGAUGGAGGCAAGAUCGACUACGACAAGCUCAUCGACAAGUUCGGUUGCCAGAGGCUUGACCAGUCGUUGAUCGACCGAGUUCAACGCCUCACUGGUCGCCCUCCUCACGUCUUCCUCCGCCGCGGUGUUUUCUUCGCUCAUAGGGAUUUCAAUGAAAUUCUGGAUGCGUACGAGAGAGGAGAUAAGUUUUAUCUUUAUACGGGUAGAGGGCCCUCUUCCGAAGCUUUGCAUUUGGGGCAUCUCGUUCCCUUCAUGUUCACUAAAUAUUUGCAGGAUGCUUUUAAGGUUCCUCUUGUUAUACAGCUGACCGAUGAUGAGAAGUUCUUGUGGAAGAAUCUAUCUUUGGAGGAGAGUCAGAGACUUGCCCGUGAGAAUGCUAAAGACAUUAUAGCCUGUGGUUUUGACAUAACAAAAACUUUCAUCUUUUCAGACUUCGAUUAUGUAGGAGGUGCCUUCUACAAGAACAUGGUGAAGGUUGCAAAAUGUGUCACAUACAAUAAGGUUGUUGGUAUUUUUGGUUUCACCGGUGAAGAUCAUAUUGGGAAGAUAAGUUUUCCACCUGUUCAGGCUGUUCCGUCAUUUCCCAGUUCAUUUCCACACCUUUUCCCUGGCAAGGAUAAUCUUCGGUGCUUAGUUCCAUGUGCAAUUGACCAGGAUCCUUAUUUCCGAAUGACGCGAGAUGUUGCUCCUCGGAUAGGCUACCAGAAACCUGCACUGAUUGAGUCGUCAUUCUUUCCUGCCCUCCAGGGGGAGACAGGAAAAAUGUCAGCUAGUGAUCCCAAUUCUGCCAUAUACGUGACUGAUUCUGCGAAAGACAUCAAGAACAAGGGGAGCACCCCAAACACUGGAAUAGUAAUUAUUGCUCACGAGUAUGAUGAUUUUAUGGGUCAUAUGAAAUCACUAGGGGUAACCCGUGCCUGA